AUUUAGAAGAGCAACCAAAGAUCGCACAUUUUACGGUUUCACUUGUCAUCGUCGAAGAACAUCUACAUGGCGGCGACGGACGCGCGGCAACACCGCAUGCUCACGCGAGACUGCCCUGAGGAAGGCGACCUAGAGCCUUAUGGCUUUGCAACGGAAGACACGUCGGCGGCGUAUGCGUACUCGGAAGCCUUCGUCAAGACGCUCGACUCUGCCAUCCGUGCCAAUUUUGGCACAGACUUGUGGCACGAUAUCUUGGCCUCCCAAAACGUCCCCAAGCAUGCCACGGCGUGGUCCACCCACGGGUGGGGCGACGCACUCAACACCGGUGGGUACUUCACAGGAGACCCAUCCUUUCUCACGUCGAUCGUGCGCUCCAACCAAGAUGAGACCCCGGCCCGUCAUAGUGCACACAGCACAGCCGACAGCAGCAUCGAGGGUGAACCUUGCAUUCACCACGAGGACUUGGAAGGUUUGUCGCCUUCAACUGAAUCCAGCGAACCCGACGCCGAAAGCGCCGAACUGGACGUUUCCAAUGCUCCUGAAGACUUCGACAAGGAUUCAGCUACACACAACGUCAUGCCGCUGGAUGCGAUGCUCAAGGUCAUGCGGUUGGCUCAAACUAUCCAACGUGCCGCCCGACGAUUCAAGUCCCUUCUGCUGCAAUCCAACCGCCCCCAUCCACUGUACAUUCACUUGCUUCAUGGCGACAACCUUCGCGCCGCGGACUGGAACGGAUCUAGCGACCCGUACGUGAUCGUGAGUGUCCUCGAGUCCACCAAGCCUCCACACCUCGACAACAUUGCAGCAGUUCAGACCACGAAGAGCGAUAUUGCGUACAAGACGCUGCAUCCGCAGUGGGAUCAGCGCCUCUUACUGCCCGCGGUGGCCCCGACCUCGACGCUCUGCCUCACCGUCGUCGACUACGAUUUUGGCUCGAGCCCCGACUUUUUGGGACAAGUGAUGGUGCCAUUGCAAUCUGUGACAUCGGUCACGAAAAUCAACCUGGGGCCGUUGAUGUACACCCCCCGAAACCCCGACGGAUCACGCAUGAGCUUGGGCGACAAGGCCAAACCGGGCCAGGGCUCGAUCACGUUUGCACUCGAACGAUGUGCGCAUGUGGUGCUCGUAACGGAUUUGGACGUGAUGAUGCCGCCACCGCCGCCGCCUUGUUCCGCUUCAAAGAAAUGGGCGACUCUGUUCCAGGCAAGUAAUAAUCCUGCGACGUUUCACUCGAUGUGUGUGACACUGUUGGCCGAAUCCGUGGUGCUGUACACCCCCCACGACAAGGCGAUGUGUAAACCCACGACCACGAUCCCACUGGCGACGAUAUCGCAGAUGCUGGAUGAUGGAGAUACAUGGACGUUGCAGGUCCAGGACGGAACUGUGUGGAAGUUUCGCGUCGGUUUGAGCGAGCGCCGACGGGACGACUGGCACGACCGAUGGCUCAAGGCGCUAUGCCGCACCACCAAGCGACCCGUGCUAGUGCAAACCAGCCCGAACCAAUUUCAGAUCAAGUUGCAACCGGUGCUCGUGGCAUAAAUAAGAUGAAGAAUGGAGCUACUAUCGUUCGAUUCAUAAUACUAGGUGAAUAAUACCUAUAGUAGUAGGAAUAGGAAUAUAGGAUGUAUAUAUAUCGACCGCGG